UUCUUUUCUUUUCUGCUUACGUGUUGCACUGCUGUGUGUCUCUUGCUACAAUGGGCUUCGGCGAUCUCAAAUCCCCAGCAGGCCUUAAGGUCCUAAACGAGUUCCUGGCCGACAAGAGCUACAUUGAGGGGUAUGUCCCUUCCCAGGCUGACGUUGCAGUAUUCGAUGCACUUUCUGCUGCUCCCCCUGCUGAUCUCUUCCAUGCUCUGCGUUGGUACAACCACAUCAAGUCUUACGAGAAGCAGAAAAGUAGCCUGCCUGGUGUGAAGAAGGCUUUGGGAAACUAUGGCCCUGUUAACAUUGAAGAUACUACCGGCAGUGCAGCAAAAGAGACCAAAGAAGAGGAUGAUGAUGACAUUGAUUUGUUUGGUUCAGAUGAUGAAGAGGAAAGUGAAGACGCUAAGAGGGUCCGUGACGAGCGCUUAGCUCAGUAUGAAGCAAAGAAGUCUAAAAAGCCAACACUUAUUGCUAAAUCAUCCAUUCUUCUUGAUGUGAAGCCAUGGGAUGAUGAGACGGAUAUGGGCAAACUAGAAGAGUGUGUCAGAAGUAUACAGAUGGACGGCUUGUUGUGGGGAUCAUCAAAGCUUGUCCCUGUUGGGUAUGGUAUCAAAAAGCUGCAGAUUCAGUGUGUGGUUGAAGAUGACAAAGUUGGCACAGAUGUUCUAGAGGAAAAGAUCACUGCAUUUGAAGACUUUGUACAAUCCAUGGAUGUUGCUGCUUUCAACAAGAUCUAAAUGAAAUAACACUUCACAAAGCACCCCAGAUGUUACAGCACUUCAAUAAAAAUGUUUACU